GCUUUUGUGACCUUUCGCUUUUGCAACUGCAACACGUUUCCAAGCAAGAAGACCUUGCUGUUUAGUUUUUGAUAGAAUCUCGGAGAGUUUUCUGUGGAAGAGAUUGCGAGCAGCUGGGGUUCUCUAGAGCGAGGCGAGCAGAUACCCUUCUGCAGUCAUGCCGCAGAACGAACAUAUCGAGCUCGCUCAGAAGCGCCAUGGAAAGCGUCUCGAUCAUGAGGAGCGCGUGCGCAAGAGAGAGGCGCGUAAGCCUCACAAGCUGGCCGACAAGGCCAAGAGCAUGCACGGUCUCAAGGCCAAGCUCUACCAUAAGAAACGCCAUGCUGAGAAGGUGCAGAUGAAGAAAACUAUCAAGAUGCACGAGGAGAAGAAGUCCAAGUCUAAGAAGGCUGACGUUGUUCCAGAGGGUGCCGUACCCGCCUACUUGCUGGAUCGUGAGGGGCAAACCAGAGCAAAGGUCCUGAGUAACAUGGUCAAGCAGAAGCGCAAGGAGAAGGCGGGCAAAUGGAAUGUACCGCUACCCAAAGUGCGCAGUAUGGGUGAGGAUGAAGUGUUCAAGGUAGUCCGUACUGGAAAGACAAGAAGAAAAGGCUACAAGCGCAUGGUCACGAAGGCUACAUACGUCGGCGAGGACUUCACCAGAAAGCCCCCGAAGUAUGAACGUUUCAUCCGACCCAUGGCUCUACGUUACAAGAAAGCACACGUCACACAUCCCGAGCUCAAGGCCACCUUCCAGCUGCCUCUUAUCGGUGUCAAGAAGAACCCGUCCUCGCCCAUGUACACGUCUCUCGGUGUGAUUACCAAGGGAACCGUUAUCGAGGUAAACGUCAGUGAGCUUGGUCUAGUCACACAAGGUGGAAAGGUGGUCUGGGGAAAGUACGCCCAGGUGACAAAUAACCCAGAGAAUGAUGGCUGCAUCAACGCCGUUCUACUUGUAUAAACUCAAACUUAAAAAGUUAGUCAUCUUCUUGUACAAAAUAGGCUUAGGCAAUCUCCAUGAAAAUCAACACUAUCAUCAUGAAAGGUGGCUCCAGCUGCCAGCAUUUGUAAAUACUCAACUCCAAUUGCUUCUUCUACUACAUACACUCCCCUUCGGCUUGAGCUUGUGUGUGUGUGUGUGUGUGUGUGUGUGUGUGUGUGUGUGUGUGUGUGUGUGUGUGUGUGUGUGUGUGUGUGUGGUGUCCUCCUGCGUAAAUUAUUUUCCUCGUGGCAAAGUGUUUUCGCAUCCGCAACCGCUGAUCCUAGUUUCCUGCACUGGCCUUUGGCGUGGGCCCAGUUUUAUCUCUGCCACUUGUACAUAUCUUCCCGUCCCUGUUGUCCAACUCUCCCCGCUUGACGCUUCAGAGUCGGAAUUUGCGGAUGUAAGAAAAAAUGUUGUCAUAAAAAUCAA